CUGGGGAAGCCAGGAUGUGCUAAGAAGAUGAGUGGAUCUGCAGAAGCUACCUAGAGCCUGAGUCUGAAUAUUGUUAAAAUGACCACACCAAACAAGACACCUCCUGGUGCUGAUCCUAAGCAGUUGGAAAGAACUGGGACAGUAAGGGAAAUUGGGUCACAAGCUGUUUGGUCACUCUCAUCUUGUGAAUCAGUAUUUGGAGUGGAUCAGUUACAAGAUGACAAUUUAGAAACUUACUGGCAAUCAGAAAGCUCCCAGCCUCAUUUGCUGAAUAUUCAGUUCAGAAGAAAAACAACAGCGAAGACAUUAUGUAUUUAUUCAGACUACAAGCCUGAUGAAAACUACACACCAAGCAAGAUCUCAGUCAGAGUAGGAAAUAAUUUUCAUAAUCUUCAAGAAAUUCAGCAACUUGAAUUGGUGGAACCAAGUAGCUGGUUUCACGUUCCCUUAACUGAUAACCACAAGAAGCCAAUGCACACAUUUAUGAUACAGAUUGCUGUUCUAGCCAAUCACCAGAAUGAAACAGACAACCACAUGAGACAGAUUAAAAUAUACACACCAGUGGAAGAGAGCUCUAUUGGUAAAUUUCCUAGGUGUACAACUAUUGAUUUUAUCAUGUAUCAUUCAAUAAGGUGACUUUAAAAUGGAAUAAAAAUGAUUAAAUAUGUUUUAUUCUCAUUAGAUAUUGAUAUAAUCUGAUAUAAAUAUCUUCACUGAAAAAAUAUCAGGUAUUUUGCAAUUUUAUAUAUGUUUAAAAGUAUUUUACUUUGAUAAAUAAAUCAAUUUGGGGUCA